UCAUCAUUUUCAUCCACUCCCUUCCUGCCUCAUUUGAUUCCUCUGUGGCGGAAUGUUCCCUGCAAACAGAUGAGAAGAGGCUCUUUGAGUGCUUGCUGCAGUAUUUACGGACAGUACACUGAGACAGCAGGGCGCUGAGCGGACAGCUUGGGGAAAUCUGAUCCACAGCCGGCUGGAGAAGGAGCGGGAUCACGCGUCGCAGUUGCAGAUUUAUCCGCCCUGUGAUACCACUGCGCGACAACACCCCUCAUUCUUUUCUCCCCCUCUUCCUCUCCCUCACUCCUCAUCCGAAGUGCAGCUUUCUGAAUGGAUUUGGAAAAUUAAUUGGAUUCUACGGCUUUAUUUUUAGCUUGGCUGGAAUUUAGAGCACGCAUAAAUAAAGCAAGAGUGGGCUGGAUUCUAAUAAAUGGAAAAACAACCCAAAAAAGGAAUGUGACUGGAAAGCAAUGGGCGACAAAGAUACCAGAUAAUCCAAGGAGAGUGUCCGACAGACGCAUAAACGGGAGAUCUCGCUCUCUUUCACUUAUGAGAGGGACAGAUUUUGGGAGCUGAGGGACGCUGACUCGGCUAAAGCUAUUGGAACAGGCUGCUUGGCGGAGCAUCUUUCAUUUUUUUGGCUUGGUUCAGGGUGGGGUAGUGACAAGACCCACCCUUCAAGUUUCACUCCUCUGAUUAGACAAUACCGUCCCACCGUGGAGGGAACACACAUGCAUGUCAAGUAGAAAUAGCAGUGGAUUUUUGCUGCAGUGGCAUCCGAACACUGAUGCCACGGAUUUAUCACAUGCACAGAUGUAAAGCUGUUCCAUCCCACCCCUCUUCCUCCUAUCUCUCUCUUUGUCCCUUUUUCUCCCUGUUGGAAGCAUAACUUCUUCUCCUCUGGCUAACCCUGCUGUGAACGUUCUUGAAGUUUACUGUUGCUUCAGUAGGACAUCAGGAGUUGGGCAAGAUUAAACACGGACUAAUCGGGCGAUUAUCCGCCUAUGCCAGCUCUUCCAUUUCUCACUGGGUGUCUCUGAGUGUGAGAGUGCGUGCUUGUGUGUUUGUGACUGUGUGUCUGCAUGUAUCUCCCGCACCCCUCCCCUACUCUCUAUUCUUGGAUUACAUAUUUGUGUAUGUGCUAUUGAGCGUCCGAUUACCGUGGGGUCCUUUUUGUAUCCAUUUCUUCACCUUGUCUCUUCUCAAUGUCUGGCAUUGUUGGGAACCUUUCCGCCAUUUGCUAUCAAUGCCUAUCACAGGGUUAACCCUCAAUGAGCCAUAAAGGACGGCAGGGAAGAAUGAGCGAGUGUUCUGGGGCAGCUGUUUCAGGGGCUGUGAUCCUGGAGGAACCCGAGGGUUCAGGGGCUUCUGGGGCCCGUGGAGAAGGCCAAGCCCAGGGUCAAGGCCCUGUUCGCUGUGCAGUCUGGCCUCGCCAGCAGACAUGGCUGUGUGUGGUCCCCUUACUUAUUGGUUUUAUUGGUCUUGGAUUGAGCCUAAUGUUGCUGAAAUGGAUUGUUGUUGGGACGGUCCGGGAUUAUGUGCCAACUGACCUAGUGGAUGCUAACAGAAUAGGCCAGGAUCCUAUCUUCCUGUCCAAGCCAAGUGGGGUUCCCAAAAGUCCGGAUACUACCACCACUACUACUACUCCCACGGUGGAUGGCGGGAAUCCUACACCUAGAACUGUCACUGCUUCAAAAGGUAGAACUCGCUCAACCACUACCACUACUACUACAAACCCCAGAGGAGGUGGGGCCUCUGGUAGUCAAGUAACCCCUCGGAAUCCUGGAAAUCGUAACGGACGUGGACCUUCAAGUUUUACUACGACCACGGCAGCACCACGGACAACCUUCAUAAUCGGAGUGGCAACAUCUAGUCCAUCACCAUCGAAUCCUACUGUACUCCAUGACUCAACACAGAUGUGGACCCCGGAGCAUACUACUACUGAGACAGUCUCCACCACACUGUCCACUCGUUCUCACACCCACCGCAAAACACCAUCUCCAACAGUCCCACCGCUUCAUUCGGAGCAUUUCAAACCCUGCCAUGAGAAGGACCUGGCCUACUGUCUGAAUGGAGGGGAAUGCUUUGUCAUAGAGACGCUCAGUGGACCUCACAAGCACUGCAAGUGUCGAGAAGGCUAUCAGGGAAUCCGCUGUGACCAGUUCCUGCCCAAGACGGACUCCAUCCUGUCUGACCCAAUUGAUCACUUGGGCAUCGAGUUUAUGGAGAGCAAAGAGGUGUACAAGAGGCAGGUGCUGUCAAUCACCUCCAUUGCCAUGGCGAUCAGCCUCCUGGGAACCCUCUGCAUGGCCCUCUACUGCCGCAACAAGAGACGCAGAGAAAAGCUCCAGGCCCACUUGAAGGAAAGUCGCACGUUGAAAAACUACACCUCUAAUUCCCAUAAUGCUUUGGAUGGCAAGAUAAGGGCCCCUAACACCAACCUGCAAAUGCACGAGUACUGCAAACGGUCGUCUCCACCUCGCCCUGGGAAUGUUUGUGAGUCCAGCUUUGCCCACUGCAACAUCUCCACUACACCGUCCAACAGCUCCCGAGGCACAGCCAAACAUCACAGAAGUGGUUCCUUGUCCCACAUCUCAGAUCAGAGAACCAGGGCAACCCAUUGGUCAGCUCCACGAAGGACCCCGCCCAUUCCCAGGGGAAGGCUUAAUCCAGUUGGAGGAUCCAAGUUUUCAGGCCCUGCCUACCAGCAUCUUCAGGAAGUAGAUGCAUCUGAGAAGGACACUGAGACACAGAGAGGGUGCCAAACACAAGGAGAGAUCCAACAUGAUGACCCCAGACGAGAUUCCUUCCAUCAUAUGCAAACUCCUGUUUCUUUGCCAUCGUCGUGGAGCGGCCACAUCGAGGUGCGUUCGGGCCUGUGCGCUUCAUCCGAGCACCGCGAUCUGAAUCCAUCAACACGCAGCCUUCGCAGGCCCGGGCGGCGUCAAAACCAAUCUCCUCCUCCUCCGUUCCGCUCCUGCUCUAUCCCCAUCAUCCCCUCAGUCCAGUGUCACCACGACAACGAGGUGUCCUGUAUGCAAACAAGCACAGCCACAACAACGAUGUCAGUCACCCGCGGAGCCGUGCCAUCCAAGGAUGAGCGAAGAGCAAAGGCAGCGCAUGCUCCGUUGUCUUCUUCUUCCUGCUCAUCCGCCAUUGGCCAGCAGCACGAUGAGGUGGCGUUACUGCUAGAGGAGGCACAGGAGCAGCUCAGGGCGUUGGCACUAGCUCACAGGAAACAGGAAGAUGGUGGAGUCGUCACCUGUGGGAAUUCGACGACCGCGCUGGUGGAGGCAAGAGAAACUGUUUGCUUCCUGAACCUUGGUGGAGGAAGUGCAGGGGCACUGAGCUGUAACGGACCCACGCAGACGCAGUUACUCAGUCCCAGCCAGUCUCUAUCACACAGAGACCUGGGCCAGAGCGGCCAAUGAGACGACGCAAUUAAGGACGUUCACUUUCUGUUUGACAGUGUUUGACAGACUCUGGUGUUCUGCUUCUGUGGGGCAGGAAUGGAAGUGCCGAAUUAAAAAAAAAAUGUAAUUAUCAUGGAGGUUCUGAAAAUGUGCUGAUAUUAUGCCUACUGUGUGGAAAUAAGCAUAAAAACUCUUGAUGAGUGGCCGCCUUUACACCGACUGACAGUAUGGAUAAAGAAAAAAGUAUUUACAUGCAUUUAUUUACAAAACAUGACGAACACUUCUACUUAGGCAAAAAGAAACCAAAUAGUCUGUCAAAUCCAUGGUGUUUUUAAUUGUAAAAAGUAUAUAUAAAUAUAUAUAUAAAUAUAUAUGGAUAUAAAUAUAUGGAAUUCAAAAAGUGACC